AUGGGUGGGGUCCGCCUCCUCGCCGCACUCGAAGACCCCUCCUCCUCCCCCUCCGACUCCAACCCGUUCACGGGCGCACCCAACAGCGACGACCUCAUAGCACUGGGCCUCGGCGGCCGGGACUCACUCGAGAAGCUUGUAGGCCGCCUCGUCCCCGCGCUCUUCCCGCACCGCAACCCCAGCGUCGAAGAUGUGCGCCACCGCAACCUCUCGCAGAAGGACAUGGCAUCGAUUCUCUCGCCGUUCACGCGGCGCAUCACGCGGCUGAUCAUUGCGCUGGCCACCACGGCGCUGAUGCUCGGCCCCAUGGUCAUCCUGCAGUUUGUCACGAGUGCGACGUGGAAGCUGGUGUGUAUCAGCCUGUUUACGGUUGUGCUGGCGCUGCUGGUCGCGCUGGCGACGAGGGGCCGCGGGGAGGCGAUCGUCAUGGUGGUGGCGGCGUAUGCGGCGGUGUUGGUCGUGUUUGUGCAGGGGAAUCAGGGGUGUGGGGGAGUGGUGCCCACGAUUGGUGCUGGGGGUGCUGGGGGUGCGGGAGGUGGAUGA